GCUUUUGUGUGCUGGAUCGAGACCGCACCGCGUUGGCAAUGCAUCGCCACGACCAACAGAUUCCCAUGCGACGUCGUCGGCGCGAUCACCAGAGACACCCGCACCCACCCAGUCAAAUGACCAACGUGUGGUGACACCAGCCCAAUGAGCCGAUGAGCGCAGCUGAGCAUGGAGGCUUUUCUCCGGGAGUGGCGGCAAGACGCCCUCAACAAGGCUCAGCACGACUCUGCCAUCUUCAUCGGCGACAAGCUGCUUGCGCUUACCAAUGAUGACAAAGACGCAUUCUGGCUGGCUCAAGUCCAUUUCGCCACCGGGCACUACACCCGAGCUCAAGCGAUCCUGUCCAAGCAAGACCUCAUUACACGAAACCCCUCUUGUCGCUACUUGGCCGGCCAUUGCUUGAUCAAGCAAAACCGACUCGACGAAGCCCUGGCCGUACUGGGCGAGCGCAAUCCUACGCACCUCAUCACGAACACAGCCACUAGCAAACGCAAAAUACAGCAUACUGCAGGGAGGACGGCCGCUGCUAGUCAUGGAAGAUUCGCCGCUAAGAGCGCCGAACGAAGGGACCAGCUGUCUGAGGAAGAUGUUGCCAACAGGCGCUUCGAGGCUGCGAUGUGUUUUCUGCGGGGAAUAUGCUAUGCCAAGCAGAAUGCAUUCGACCGAGCCAAGGAAUGCUACAAGGAUGCCGUACGCAUCGACGUGCAGUGCUUUGAAGCGUUUCAGCAGCUCAUGAAGAACUCGCUCAUGUCACCGGACGAAGAGUGGCAGUUUCUUGAGUCACUCGACUUCGAUGCCGUCAUGGUCCCGGGCGACACGUCGUCAUCGCAGGAGGCGGCCGAGUUUACCAAAAUGCUGUAUACCACAAGACUGUCCAAAUACCGGAAUCCGACAGCAUUCACCUCGGCUUGCGACACCCUUUCUACGCAUUACAACCUUGCCUCCAAUCCAGACUUGCUGCUGGCCCGAGGUGAUUUACUAUAUACACAAUGCAGGUACAAGGAUGCACUUGCCAUCACGACGUCUGUUCUCGAGGACGACAAGUACAAUUUCGCCAUCUACCCGCUCCACUUGGCAUGUCUAUAUGAACUCAAGAAAAAGAAUGUUCUCUUUCUUGUCGCCCAUGACCUGGCGGACAACCACCCUGAAGAGCCGUGCACCUGGCUGGCUGUGGGAACCUACUACUUUGCAAUCGACAAGAUUGCCGAGGCGCGACGAUAUUUCAGCAAGGCCAGCAUGAUGGAUCCUCACUUUGGGCCAGCGUGGAUUGGGUUUGCCCACACGUUUGCUGCCGAGGGCGAGCAUGACCAGGCGAUAUCCGCAUAUUCCACAGCAGCCAGGUUGUUCAUGGGCACACACCUGCCUCAAGUCUUCCUCGGAAUGCAGAACCAUGCGUUGAACAACAUGACACUGGCUGACGAGUUCCUGCGAACUGCCUACGGGCUGUGUAAGACGGAUCCUUUGUUGCUGAACGAGAUGGGAGUCGUCUACUACCACCAGGAUCGACCACUCGAUGCAGUAACUCUAUUUACCAAAGCAUUAGAAGUGUCAGAAGAGAUUAAUUCUGAACCUCAGGCAUGGAUCUCGGCGCGGACCAACUUGGCCCAUGCUUUACGGCGGGCGAAGAAAUUCGAGGAAGCAAUGGACCAGUUUGACGAGGUCCUGCGAGAGGGCGGGAAAGAUCCCGCCAUAUUUUCUGCCAAGGGCCUGAUUCUAAUGGAGCUCGGGAAACCGGAAGAAGCUGUUGAAGUACUCCAUCAAGCGCUGGCAAUCAGCCCCCAGGACCCGAUUGCCACGGAAUUGCUCAACAAGGCUCUAGAGGAAACGAUAGGGAUGCUGGCCCUAGAGUAGGCCCAAAGUAUAGCUUCCCAUUGUGACUUGAAUAUAAUUGAAUUACACACA